AUGAAGUACUUUGGCGUCUGGGCCGCCCUGAUGGCCUCUGCCGAGGCAGGCCUUCGUUUCCCAUGCUCGACCCUGACCACCCAGCGGCUUGACCCCGUCGUCCAGCCUGGCAUCCGCCCCUCCUCGCACCUUCACAUGAUUGUGGGCGGCAAUGCGUUCAAUGCCACGAUGACCGGCGAUGUCGGCGAGAGGGCCACCUGCACAACGUGCCAAAUGGCCGAGGAUUUUUCCAACUAUUGGGUUGCCAACAUGUACUUCAAGGACCCCAAGAACGGCACCUACCACCGCGUCAUGCCCAAGCCAGUCCAACCUCUCCUCGGCGGCUCCAACGGCGCCCAGGGCGGCCUGACCGUCUACUACACCCAGUUCGACCUGUCGAGGGAUAACCUGAACCGCCAGCGCAUCAAGUCUUUCCCUCCUGGCUUCCGCAUGACGGUCGGCAACCCGGCCAUCACCGCCGGGAGGCCCGUCGCGGGCCUCAGCUACCAGUGCAUGGCGGGCGGCAUGAACCGCGGCGCCAUCGUCAAGGACUGGCCCAAGACCAAGUGCACCGGCGGCAUCUUCACCACGCACCACUUCCCGCCCUGCUGGGACGGCAAGAACCUCGACAGCCCCAACCACCAGGACCACAUGUACAACACGGUCGUCAGCGAGGGCUUCACAAACGCCCCAAACUGCCCGGCCAGCCACCCGAUUCGCGUGCCCCAGGUCGCCUUCGAGAUCGAGUGGGACACGGCAAAGUUCAACAACAACUGGGACCCCGCCCGCGACAAGAACCCCUUCACCUGGUCGUUUGAGGGUACCGGCGCCGGCACGCACGCCGACUACAUGUUUGGGUGGAAGGGCGACUCCCUGCAGCGCGCCAUGGACAAGUCCGAGUGCUUCUACGACGGCUGCGGCUCCAUCAAGAAGCAGGCCAUGUCCGAGGCCAGCAAGUGCACCAUCCGGGACAUUGUCAAGGAGAACAUUGACGGCUGGACCACUUUCAUGCCCGGCCAGGAGGCGGCCCUCGCCGCCCGGGCCGUCAAGGCCAAGGCUGAGAAUGCCAAGGUUGAGAAGGCAUUCUCUGCGUAG